CCGGGUCGUUGCGGGGUCGCAGGGAUUUGAAAGCGCGGCGCCGCAGCGGGAGGUUGGUUCUCGUGGCGCGUCGUUGCCUGUGGUGCGUCCCCUCCCGCGGGAGCCCGGCAUGGGCGGCGGUCGCGCGGAGGCAGGUGCCGAGGCUCCUCCGUGGCCGGGCAGGUGGCGGGCGCGGCUGGCGGCGGGUCGGGGCCACCACGGUCCCCCGUAGCCUGCGCAGAUCCCGCCUCGCCACCGCCCGCGGGAACCCGGUUCCGAGGCGGAGACCCUCCGAGCGUCAGCUGCCCGCGGAGAGCGCGCCCCCGUCCCCGACCCGUCGGCGGCCCCCUGCGGAGAGCGCGGCUCCCGGGGCCGCUCCGUGAGGGCGCUGCCGCCGCCUCCGUUGCACCCCGGGGGCCCGGGGACCCCCGCGAUGGGCCGGAAGAAGACUUUGCAGGAUUACGCCGCCGAGUUCACGGACUUGGUGGUGAAGCAGCACCUGAUCGAGCUCAGCGACUCCGGGGACACGUCGGUGGUGGAGACGCUGUACUGCCCCGCCUGUGAGCUCCCCGUGCGCGUGCGGCGGGACCGCAUCCUGGGCCACCUGUCCACGGGCCGCCACUACCGGAACCGCAGGCUCUUCAAGCAGCACAGCCGCCGGGCGCCGGCUCUCAUCUGCGCAGCCUCGGAGCUCCCCGGGGCCGGCCUCGCCACGCCGCGCAGUCACGCGCCGCUCUGCCCGCCGCCUCCACUGCUUCUCUUGGGCAGCGCCUGCACCGCGGUGCCUUCUGCUCCUGCUGGCCGCUCACCUCUGCUCCCGGGCCCCCCCAGUGCUGCCACCGCUUCCCCCAGGGAUGUGCCCGCGCGAGAGAAGCACAUGCCGUCCAGCUCCGCCAGCCACCUUGCAGCGUUUCCUGCCCUUCCGGUGAAAAGGCCGUCGGUCCCCUCAGCGCAGGCCCACCAGACGCUUCUCUCGGAAGCCUCCAGCACCGCGGCGCCUCGUGGGGGCACGAGAGGGCUUCGCGGCGUCGGCGCCGUGGGCUCCGGCCGCCUUGGCCUGGCCGUCUUUGGGGCGGGGUGCGGGAGCAGAGCGCUGCUGCGGCGUGUAAUGGACGAGAGCGGCUGCUGCCUGCUCUACGUGGUUGAGGACCAGCCGUGUGACGUGGCGCGAGCCUUCAGGGCCGAGUGUCUGUCCAACACGCGGGUGGUUCCCGAACGGGAUGCGGACGUCGUCCUCACUGACCAACGUGUCUCCGGAGUCAUCGUCUGUUCCCCACCGGAGGCAGCUUCUCAAAUAGUGAUGGCUGCUCUGCGAGCAGGGAAGGGCGUGCUCUGUGAGGGACUGCCUGGCUUGGACAGGCAGACUGCUGCGUCCUGCUUCGAUGAGGCUGACAGACGCGGCAGGCCUCUGGUCUGUGGAUUUUACAAGCGCUUUGACCCUGCCGUCCAGUUCUUACACAAGAAGGUCUGUGACGGCCAUACCCUGGGGCGGCUCCAUCGGGUCACUGUCAUCAGCAGCGUGUACCCCGCAGCUUCUCCUGGUCUCCUGAGGAAGUCAGGUGGGGUUUUCUACAGCGUGGCCGUGCACGACGUGGACAUCGUCAGCACGCUGCUGGGGGAGCGCACUCCGGACACGGUGUUCACCCUGGGGAGCGCCCUCUGCCAGGAUGUGGCCUCCUUAAAAGACGCAGAUACCGUUGUGAUCAGCAUGAAAUUUCCUAGCGGGGCUAUUGUCAGCUUGGACAUCAGCCAGCACUGCACGAAAAGCUGCGACCAGAGACUGGAGGUGCACGGCUCUCAAGGCUCCCUGCGGCUGGACAACCAGAAGCCCCUGGGCAUCUCCAGCCAGGGCCCUGCCCUCUCCCUGGUCACCCAGACCCAGGCUGAGCGCUACCAGGAGGCGUACCGCCAGCUCUUCAGACACUUUCUCAGGACCCUUCAAGGGAAAGAGCCCCCCGCAGUCAGCAGAGAGCAGCUGCUCGGGGCCCUUCGGGUGGCCACCGCCGCCGAGCGAUCCUGGUGGAGCCGGGCGGCCGUGGACCUGCGCCAUGAAGCAGGCGAGGCCCCUGUGGUCAAGACGGAAGCACCGUGAGCCCCGACCGGCUCGCACCCAUGACCUGCCUGAGAUCUGACGGCCCGGCCCCAUCUGCCUGUUACUGAGAGAUGUGACAUUGUCUUCCCCCAAGUGUUUCAUUACUGGUGGGACAACUUGUUACGGGUGACAUCAGAGCCAGGAGGCAGGUUGCCGUUUCUUUUCUGAUUUGAACUUCGGCUUGGAGAGGGAGGGGAUCCCCCCUGGUUGCAGCCUCCUUGGCAGGGUGCCUCGGAAGAACGCGGGUCAGGAAUUGGACCAGAGCUGCAGUCGGUCUCCCAGGGUUUGGCUUCUCCAUGUGUCAGGAGAGUGGGAGGCCAGUCCAGAUGUUAGGCUGUCGCGUGCGCAAAGCAGGCUGCAGGUUCCGUUGGGCCUUUUUGGGCAGUUAUAACAGUAUUUCAAAACCAAACCGUUUUCUUGAAGAAUCUGUGACUUUUUUGCACAAUGGUAUUAUGUAACACCCCUCCUAAAAAUAGGAUAAAAUCCCGUAGAAUGUGAUAUUACACCACUUGAAAAUUCUUGCCUGAAUGUAGUGUUUCUCUUUGGAUGUCCGUGGGAAUCAGCUGACCGGCUCCUCCCAAGGGGCGUGAGAGCGUUUCAGAAACAGGCUGCCCUUCUCGGUAGGAGUUUCGUCCGCUGGAGGUGGGCAGCGCCUUGCCGAGGGGCAGAUGUGCUCUUAUCCCAGGUUAUCUUUUUAUAGUUACAUGUCAAAUCUGUUGGAGAUGCUUUUAUAUAUAUUUGAAAAUAAUUGUAUUUCUUGUAACCUACUUUAAAAACAAUUUUUUUAAUAAAGCUCUUAAA